GCUGAAAACAGUCCAAAACCAACCAAGAAAAAGAGGAAACAGGUGGACCCUUCAUCUCUUGUACAGAACGUGAAAAAUGAGACAAGAAUAGAGAAGAGGGAGGAUGGUUUCGUCUAUGAAGACCUAAAGAAGGUAAAGAAGAAUAAACAGGAGGAGAUGGAUGAUGUGAUACCAAAAUGGAAAGUUGAAAAAACAAAAUUGGGUAAAUGGCUGGAAGAAGAAGACAAAGCGUUGCUGAAUCUGUUUUAUGACCUAAACCAGGGGCAAGUGAAUGAAGAAGUCUGGACAGACAACGAAACAACUUAUACCAUAACUUUCAAAUCAAUAAUAAAGCUUUUGGAUGAACUAGACAUGGGGAACGAGGUAAUAGACGGGUACACAUCAAUGCUGAAAAGGGAGCAGGAAGUUAAACAACUGAUGCAAGGAAACAGUGCGUUCUUCACAUCCACCUGCUAGGUAAGUACAUUGCCCUUUGCCCACAACAAAACACUGUUAUGUUCACACUGUUUUGAUGUCAUUAUUUGUUCAUGUCUGUGCUAUACCAGAAAUGCAGAUUUUCACAUAUGUUUGUGUUUAUCUAACUAACAUACUUUAUUCCCACAGACACUUAUCACAAUGGCAAACCAGUCCCCCAAAAAGUUUCUCAUUGAUAGCAAACUUGAACAACUCUACAACGAAUUACAUGACAGGAGCUUAGAUUACUUUCGGUACCUUGUUUUCUCGAUGAACUCUUCAGGAAAUAAGACGAACAAAAACAGUCCAUAUCAUUGGACUCUGCUUGUUUAUGAUAUGCAAGAGCAGGAAUGGAAGCAUUAUAAUUCAUUGAAACCAAGAAAGAAGGAGAAAUCAGGCGACCCUUACCUUAAAGAUGCUGCAAUAGUGAAAGAUGCUGUUGAGAAAUUCAUGAAGCAAUUGGAAGAAAGAAGGAGUAGUCAGCCACAAUUCAACUUGCUAACUCCCAUAGAGUCAAUCUUUAAAGAUGGUGCUCAACUAAGAACAGUGCAAGAAGCACCACAACAGAAUAUUGCUUCGUAAGCUUCAAUCAAACUUUCCAUAGUUAAGCAUAUGACGACAUCUAUUGCAAUUUACUAAACUCUAUCUCUUGAAUAUAUGCAGGG